AUGCCUCAAUCACUACUUGGGCUCCCGGAUAUCAACGUAACUGUAGUAGAGCCCAUUAUCAAACUUUGGAGAAGUCGAAGAGAGCCUGCUGCCGUUUUUGCGUGGCUAAGCGCGAGAUGCGAUUAUUUGAAAGAGUCGUAUAAGGAUUUGGGCAACACUAAACUUUUGCAAACGAGAGCAGAUGUGUGCGAAGUAGUGGCGAUAAGACUGCUCAAGUCGUACACUCCCGAUAUGUUGAUCUACGUCCUUACAAAUGAUUUUGCACCGAAUCAAUCGUCGAAAAGCGCGAGCAACCUUCUCAAAAUUUAUGAGCGAAAAGAACAGAUGGAAAUAGCAUCUAUGAAUGCAUUGGAGGUCGCCAUAGAAGGAUCUGCAAAGAACUUUGUUUCCAGCCCACUUGUACAAAGAUUACUUGACGACAUUUGGAGGGGCAAUAUCGUUUUUUUCGCCUCGGCCAUUGAUCAUCCUUCGUCGAGAAUCAAGUGGGCGUACACCCUCCCAACGCAGACUGUGGACAGAGCAAAAGUACCCAUUCCUAUCAAGGUGGCCACUGUUAACCAUGCUGAUCCUCACAUACUGCGACUGUCAAGAUUGAGAGUGCCAAGGUACAAGGCCUUUUUUGAAACUCUGAUAUAUUGCGUCUUCGUAUUUUGUUAUUCGAUGAUGCUAUACAACGAUAUUUGCGGGAGCCCUAAUGGAUGGGAGAUUCUUUUUGAUUUCUUUGUUAUUGGGUACACAAUUAAUGAAGUGACGCAAUUCGCAAAUGCACCUUCCUACUAUUUUCAAAAUUUAUGGAACGUGUUUGAUGUUGGUAUCUUUGCCAUAUCAUUUGCAUUCAUGGGGCUUCGGCUCCAGGAUUUAAUACAAGGGAAGGACACUUGCAGCGAUGCAUACGAUGUCCUUGCGAUCAAUGCUAUGCUUUUAUGGCCACGACUAUUGUCCUCACUAGAUAGUCUCCCCUUCUUUGGUACAUUCUUGGUCAUCAUUCGUAGAAUGCUCAUAGAUUCUACAAUAUUUUUUGCCUUGCUAGCUGUCUUUUUCCUUGGUUUCCUCCAGACAUUCUAUGCUUUAGGUCGGGCAACAUAUACUUGGGCACAAAUUGGGGAUUUAAUGCUGAAGAUUAUGCUGGGAUCACAAUUUCAAGGAUUUGAAGCUGCACCCAAUUUUGGUCCUUUCGGGCCGCCUGUAAUGAUUCUGUACGUCGCCAUUUCAUCGCUUAUCCUUGUCACCAUAUUGAUCGCAAUUUUCAACGAGAGCUUUUCAAGCAUUAUAUCCAACGCACAUGAAGAAUUCCUCUUUCUAAUGUGUAUCAAAACUGUGGAACAAAUUCAAAGUGACGAAUUAUUCGAGUACAUACCACCAUUCAAUUUAAUUCAGCUUGUGCUAUUGUAUCCUCUACAGAAGGUCCUUCCCGACAAGAUCUUCCUUAAAGUCAACAGAGCAGUCAUGUGUAUUCUCUUCCUUCCAUUUCUGCUGAUAAUCUACUUGUGGGAAGUCUUUUCGGCACACUGGAAUAAGGAAGAAGCCCAACAACUUCUUGUGCAACGCGCUGGAUCAAUUAAGCCAACUAAACGAAGGAUAGCAUUCCGAACUAGAACGCGAAGUACCACCGCUGCUCCCCGAAUAUCCGCAGUUUCUGCCGUUCCUCCCAACGACAUUAUUCCAGAGGACACAGUUGCGAUCGAUUUGAAUCAAGAAGCCGGUGCUGGCUAUGGCUCAACCAACUUUCUAGGAAAACAGAGAGCAGAAGGAUCGUCUGCCACAUUAUGCGAGAGCCCGACCCAAACAAUGGAAACUGAGCAGUUUAGCUCACCUAGCGCCAGGGACAGCCAGCUUGCAGACAUUAAGGAGAGAUGCCGAUUGUUAGAGGAGCAAGUGCAACUCUUGGUGGCUGCUAUACGCGAAAUGAACUAG